UAUGACUUUUUACGCAUGCGCCCCAGCUUCCUCUGCGCCGUCAACACAGCAACAGCGGAAAAAAGUUCCACCAUGGACUCCAGACUUCGGCUCCCGAACGCCGCAGCGGUCAUCUGUCUCCUCGUCCUCGCCCUGAUCCCCCCGGCGGAGGCUUACGACGCCGGCGACGCGCUGGCCCUGCUCCUGUUCAGCGUCCUGGCCGUGGUGGGCUGCUGCGCCGGCCUCGGCUGGUACGCGCGGAGGCGGAACGGACAGCUGUGACGGAGCCGCGGCGCUGCACCGUCCGGUCCCGUUCCCAUCCAGCCACCCUCCCUCCCUGGGUAGUUCUCCCACACUGGACCCUCUGGCACAAGGUUUGUGUCCGAGCGGAUAAUAACAAACGUGCCUUAGUGGGAUUAAUGCGUCGAGCUGGAGGGGAGACCACGUGGAUGGAGGAGGAAGAGGAAGGGGAGAGAAACAUCCAGGAAGUCCGAAACCAGGAACUUGUUGUUAUCGUCUUGCACUGCUGAGAUUACGGCCCUUAAAACACUGAUGCCUUCUAUAUGGAAAGAAAAAGACUGCUGCAGUCUCUAUAUACCCCCCCCCCCCCACACCCGGAGGAUGCUUUGAAUACACACAUGAAGUGACCACUGUGAUCCCCUGAUGUAUGUGUGUGUGUGUGUUUGCAGUGUUCAACACAACAUUGUCAUUGUUUGAGGCACAACAUCACACUUGUUGUUAAAUGACAGUAGUGGAGUUGCUGUUGCUUUUUUUGUGAAGAAUAAACUGAUAUAUCUGA